CGGUCCAACCCACUGCGCUACUGUGCUACCAUGCCCCUCUCCAUCAUACAUUAAUAUACAUAUAAUGAAUGUAAUACUCCAUAAAAGGCAGUUUUUUAUUUUGAGCUUGUAUGUGAGUUCUACAAACAGGGACAGUGCAAAGUCUUAAAUCACAGCCCCUUCACUACGGAAUGGUGCCAUUGGCUCCGUUCUCUUCACUGUUUGUGUCGGCUCGCCACAUGUGUCAAUAUUUUCAAUGUUGCAAAAUAAUUUCUUUUUAAUGUUUUUUGUGAAAGUGCUGUGCUGUUGUAGAGCAGACCGGAUCCACGUUGCGCUCUGACUCAGCAGGACCACCUGAUUCCAUCAGUAAACGGUUUGAUGUCCCACAGGGACGAGGCGGUCCACGUGAAAAACCCCCACCUGGACUCCCUCGAAGAGGACAUCCUGUACCACUUCAACCUGGGAACGAGGACCCACAACCUCCCGGAGAUGUUUGGGGACAUUAAGUUUGUGUGUGUGGGAGGGAGUGCCAACCGCAUGAAAGCCUUCGCUCAGCUCAUCCACCGCGAGCUGGUGCUGCCCGGCGACGUCAACGACAUCCAGGACAUCUGCGCCGGGACGGACCGCUACUCCAUGUACAAAGUGGGGCCGGUGCUCUCCAUGAGCCACGGCAUGGGCAUCCCUUCCAUUUCCAUCAUGCUCCACGAGCUCAUCAAGCUGCUUUACCACGCCCGCUGUCGCGAUGUCAUGCUCUUCCGCAUCGGCACCUCCGGCGGCAUCGGCCUGGCCCCGGGGACCGUGGUGAUCACGGACAAGGCGGUGGACUCCUCCUUCCGACCGCGCUUCGAGCAGGUGGUCCUGGGCAACGUGAUCGUCCGCAGCACGGAGCUGGACAAGGACCUGGCGCAGGAACUGCUCUCCUGCUCCGCCGAGAUCCCGGACCUCGCAGCCAUCAUCGGAGACACCAUGUGCACCUACGAUUUCUACGAAGGUCAGGGGCGGCUGGACGGGGCGCUCUGCUCCUUCUCGCAGGAGGAAAAGCUGGACUACCUGCGUAAGGCCUACAGGGCCGGGGUGAGGAACAUCGAGAUGGAGUCCACCGUCUUCGCCGCCAUGUGCCACGUCUGCGGACUUAAAGCGGCCGUCAUCUGCGUGACCCUGCUGAACCGCUUCGAGGGCGACCAGAUCUCCACGCCCCACGACGUCCUGCAGGAGUACCAGCAGCGGCCUCAGUGCCUCGUGGCCCAUUUCAUCAAGAAGCGGCUGGGGAUUGCAAAGUGACUGAGCUGCUUGACCGCUGCACUCAUCCCGGCGACGCCCUCAACUACGUCCACAAACACAGGUUCCUUUGUAAAUAGUGUCUAUAGCUGCAUGUAGAGCGCAUUUAAACACUGACUCGUACAUUUCAUGUCUGAAAUUUGACAUCUGCUUCUGUGUGACCGACCCCCUUGGGGUUCGAGCCCGAUUUUUUCCAAAAUGUGCCUUUAAAAAGCACUGUUGUGUGACUGUGAAAGGUAAGCGUUUUCCCAUGGAUUUUGACUUACCGGUGCAGAUUUUAUUAUGUUUGAAAAUAUAUGGUGUGGGAGACAUUGUGCCAGUGUACUUUGCAGCGAUAGCAGGGGCAGCUGGUAGGGUAGGGUAGGGUAGGGUAGGGUAGGGUA